AUGGAAUCUGCAGCCAAAACUCCAAAAUCUCUUACCUUACCCUGGACAACACGAAUUACACUUUGGUUACUCGACAUUGGACUCAACUUAAUUAUGCGGAAAGACGGCACAGUGAACCGCGGUCUUCUCAAACUGGUACCUCUGACACCGCCAUCAUCUGAACCGAUCAACGGUGUCAAGACAUACGAUGUAGUGGUGGAUCCAACUCGCAAACUCUGGUUCCGCGUAUUUGUCCCCACACAGUACACUGUAGAAGAUCUUCCUGAGAUGGUGUUCUGUCAUGGAAGUGGAUAUAUUGUCGCCUCCGCGGACACACAGUUGUACGACGAUUUUUGUCGCAAGUUCGCGAGAGAAUUGCAUGUGAUAGUUGUUUCUGUUGAUUAUCGUCUUGCACCGGAGCAUCGACACCCUGCUCAACAUGAAGAUGGGCUUGAUGUACUCAAGUUUCUAGACGUUGAAGAGAACAGGUCAAAAUGGUUACCGGGCAAUGCAAAUAUUUCAAAAUGCUUUAUCGCGGGUGAUAGCGCUGGCGGAAACAUGGCUCAUCAUGUUGCUGUAAGAGCCUCCCAGUUCAACUUCCAACAACUCCAGGUAGUUGGGCUGGUGUCGAUUCAACCAUUCUUUGGCGGGGAGGAGCGUAUAGGUUCUGAGAUACGGCUGAAUGGAACCGCGCCUGUCCUGACACUGAAGCAGACAGAUUGGUUCUGGAACGCAUUCUUGCCGCUAGGUGAACCCUACAAUCGGGACCAUCCUGUGGUCAAUGUUAGUGGUCGGUAUGCUGUGGACAUAUCGAAAAUGGAUUUACCACCGACCAUUGUGGUUGUGGCAGGGUUUGAUAUUCUACGGGACUGGCAAAUAAGGUACUAUGAGUGGCUCAAGAAAUCCGGGAAAUAA